AUGUGCAAGCAAAGAUCGCUGAAUGAUGAGCUUCUGAUACCUCCUACGCCGAAGAUCAAAGAGCGGUUACCGAAACAGACAUCCUUGAACGAAAGUUUACUCUACAAGACGCAAAAGGAAAAGGAGAACGAGAAAAGGGGUGACUUUUUUCAGUGUUUCCAGCGAUUGCAAACGCUGCGAGAAGAGAUCCGAAGCCGAGGCUCCAGUUUUGACAAGACUUCCCAAAAGUGCCAAGAGAAGGCUGAGUCUGUACAGUCAACCUUGAGGAAUGGGUUUGCUAGGAUUCUGCAGAGUUGGAGGAGUGAAAAUCGAUGGCAGUCCACGUCUUUGCCGGUGUAUAGACCACCGAUGGCAGCACAAGGAGCGAGUGGCGAGUCGGUGAGACGCGGAUUGUGGUACGGAUUCCACCCGAGAACCGAAUCUGAUGAUGCCAUUUGCAGGUUCAGUUCCGGGGAUUACAGUAGCGGCGACAGCGUCAUCACACCGACAGCGGUUUCAACAACUGCGAAAUGCGCUGAUUGCAGCACUUCCAUGAUGCAAAUCUCUGCCAAUUAUGAAACCGUGCUCAUCGACGACCAUCACAUCAUCAUGCGGGAACGGAAACUUUCGAAGGAGGAAAACUCUGACUCGAGCUCGAAGGAGAACAGCUUCCAGAGUGACACGAGUGUAGAUUCCGAGGAUAGUUUCGUCUCCGUCAUCUUCAUACCGAAGCCCGAGAAUCAGCUCCCGCUGAAUGGGGUGGCCUCGAGUGGAGACACCGGAAAGCUGCCUGGCAGUCCGGCAUUUUCUGAGCCCGUGCAGAGGUCGCUGUCAUCUGACAGUGAGCCUCAGACUUCGCCGGUCAAGUCGCCUUGCUCUCCGUUGUCGCCUCGCUCACCGAACAACAACAGCAAGCAACAGAACAACUCUAGAUUUUUCGGGCCUAAAUUUCAGCAGCAAGCGAAUUCUUUGAGGAUUCAGAGUGCUCACAGUUUUACGACUGUCAAUAAUGGCAGCAGCGGGUCUAACAAGAAUCAGGGACAGAAAUUGGCGUCGUAUUCCACAAUUGGGGAGAUUUCGUGUGCUGCCGGUGCAUCUGACGGAAAUCUGAGUGAAGACAAGACUUUCGACUCGUCUGGCGGUUUGAAGGGAGAAGCGGAUUUCUCGAGUCUACAUCCAGAGAUGCAUUCGUCAGCAUCGCUGGAACGCCUGAUGAAACAAGCUCAAAAACACAAGGAGCUGGAGAAACUGAAGAGAGACGCGGCUGCUCUGAGUGCAAGGAUCCAAGCGAGAAUCUCCAAGUUUCAAGAAAGCCAUCCCCCACCUUCCCCGCUUUUUCCCUCUUCAUUUCCGUCAUUCGCUCCGAAACAUACCCCGGGUUCCUUGUUGGGAUUCCCUGACAGUUCAGCCAACAAAGACGCAAAUACCUCGGAUUCCUCUUCAGACCAGGAGUUGAAAAAUGCGGACUCGGACGGGAAGGUUGUUCAGGACUCCGUACCUCAUCAUCAACAGGAGAAACCAUCGAGUCUAUCUCCAACUGCGGAUUCGUCAUCAUCAGAAGAAGUAAAGGUGCCUGAAGAACCAGCAGAAGUCGUGCCGAAGAAGCAGCAGAUUUCGUGUUUGGCCCGCGGGGAAAACGUGGAGAUCAUUCAGAAACAGGAUUCUUACGGCAUGUUCAAGGUGCAGGCAGUGAGACGAACUCAGGUGAUGCGAUCCGGGGAUAGUUCUGGAGAGGGGCCGUUGUUCGCUGUUCAAGUUCUAGAAGCGACUACUGCGAAUGUAUUCAAUCCAGAAUUGGAUGACAUGGACAGUGACCUGACAUCCGAUGAGUUGACCGAAGUGACUGAGCCGGAGUCCUCUUCGUCGUAUGGGAGUAACACGAGCGUCAUGAAUGAGGAUGAAUGGCCUCCGAAAGAUCUGGAUGACUUUCUCGGGACCGGUUUGGAAAGUGACGAGAGAUUCGAAGAAAGCGACAGGGAAAGCCUGGACAACUGGGAUUCAAUUUUCCGACUGAGGUCCCGUCGUGACCGUGGUAGCAUCGGAUGCCAAUCGUCGACGGAUGGCAGUGUCGCCGGCGCCGCAGCCGCCGUCAACAAUUGCAUCUUGGCCCAAAAGGACUCGUCACGGUCUGACGAAGACAGCAGUUCUUUGACUGGAGUCAGUUCAUUGUCGCAAAGUCGGUACGGCGACUCGUCUUGCGAAUCGGACAACUGGAGUGGCGGCUAUCGUGACUCCAUUUCGGACAGAACUUCUGUGGAUUCCUCAUUUCGCCCUUGGCGUAUCACGGAGGAAUAUCUCAUGAGCCGUCGAGGCACUGCUUACAGCAGAUGGGAAUCUUUCGAAAGCACGUCCUCGUCGGAAACCUCGGGCUCAGGUGGUCAACACAGGCCAUCGAUCGGCACCCGGUCAGCAGCCUUCUACCGACGUGCCAGCAACAGCGCCCAGCACCCUCAACAACAACAACAACAACAACAAUUGCAAAGGUUCUCGGGUUUCUCAGAAGACGACGAAUGCCAGGCUAAUGCAGCCGGUCCGUCGUGUUACGGGAAUAUGCGGAAUCUCCGGAUAUACCACGACAGCUCGAUCGAAGAAGAAAACGACUUGGAUUGCGAAGACGAAGCAUUGAGCAACACGCUGCAAUUGGCGACGAAUGUGCAGGAAUUUUCCGAGUUGCUCGCAGCGGCUUGUUUGCAGCAAGCAUUUUCUGCAAUUGCGAGGAACCAGGCACGGCAGCAGAGAGCCUUGGCCAAGGUGCAACGACGGCCUAGUUCCCAGUUUGGCAACAAACGAGAUUUGGUUGCUGGAAGGCGGAGGUCGGGGUUGCAGUGGUGGGCCAGCACCCGACAGGACUCGACCUUCAGCGCGUUCAGCGAGCGCUUCAACCCACCGGGUGCCCCGGCCUUGAUGCGAACCCGGGCCUCAAUCGCAGGCGGCAAGUCUUUCGAGUUCAGCAAGGACCUCAGUGGCUCAGCACCCACCAAGAUGGAGGCACAACGUCGGAGCAAAAAGUUCUCUCUGCCGUCUUCUGUGCUUCAAGCCGGGAUGAUGCCAGUGCCUGUGCCUGUGCGACACGACUCGGACAACAGUUCUACGCAUUCGACGCGACGCAGUGGCGGCAAAGCGUCCGAGACCGAGAGUAAAACCGGGAAUAAAGGUAACAGGGGCUCUGCUGGAAGCGGCGGUGGUGGUUCUGGUUCUGGGCCCAGGUAUAAUCCGGAGGGCGACGGACAUCAUCAUCAUCAUCACGGUGGCGGCAGCAGGAUGUUGGGGUCGGCUGAAGGCGGACAAACGAGUUGGGACAACACCAGCGUGUCUACGUCGCAGGACAGUUUGCAGAGCUCAGACAACGGCAUUGCUCACAGCACCAAUUACCACAGGUAUUACCAUGUGUUCCGGGAGCGUGAGUUGGACAAGCUUAUCGAGAAGUACGUGCAAAAUUUGCAUAUCAUAUCCUCGUACUACGACCACGCAAAUUGGUGCAUAAUCGCCGAAAAAGUGCAAAAUCAUCAAUUAUCAUUGGUUUCCAUAGUCAAUUGUUCAUAUGUAUUUUUCAUGGAAGAGCUGUGGAUGAAUCCUUUGCAGAGCCCUUACAUGACUUCCAAGCAGUAUCAUUGUGACAUGAUGGGGUCAAAUCAGAAGGAAGUCACUCGGAGCGACGGGCAACUGUUGAACCAUUUCCUGAAUUCCGGGAACGCUGUCACGGGUUUCCUGCAACCCAAGGAGGAAGUCGAACUUCCGCCGGAUCAUCAAGACAGGCGUCAUGCCUAUAGCGCACCUGCUGAGGAGGUUCUCUUCAUGGAAAUGUAUAGGGCAUUCAUUAAUUUCUUCGCUGAUUCUCAUGCGUUUCCGUGGACGAGUGGUCGUCCAUCGCAGUGA